UCAAAAUAAUUUGUAGCCAAAAAAAAAACACAAGUUACAGGUGGCCAGUUAGUGAUGUCCUAGGGCUAAGUAAUGCCGAAUUCAAGCAAAAAAUAGCAUUACUAUAUAUAGCUGAUAUCAUAUUAAUUAAUUCGCCGAAUUUAAGCUCAAAAUUAUGGACUAUGAAGAUCAAGAAGAGGAGCAAGAAGGUGAGGUUGCCUACAACAAUGACUCCCUCCUUCCCAAGAUCCCCAGCCCCGUCCACUCCGCCGCCGCGGCGCCGCCUCCUCCUCUCCGCAAGCCCCGCUACAAGGAGUGCCUCAAGAACCACGCCGUGGCCCUAUGCGCCAACGCCGUCGACGGCUGCGGCGAGUUCCUUCCUGCGGGGGACGAUGGCACACUCGAGUCCCUCAAGUGCGCCGCCUGCGGCUGCCACCGCAACUUCCACCGCAGGGAGACUGAAGCAGCUGCUGCUGGUUCUGGUUUUGGGUAUGGGAACCAGCAGCCGCUGCUUCUGGCGGCGGCCCAUCAGCACCCGCUCAGCCACUUUGGGUACAGAACUGGGCCGGGUGGGUACGGGCCGCCGCACAGGGCGGCACCGAUUGCGCUGGCGCUGCCCCAGAGCUCGAGGGAGGAGCUGGAGGGCUACUUCUCGGGGCCCGGGAGCGGCGGGAGGAAGCGUUUCCGGACGAAAUUCACGGCGGAGCAGAAGGAGAGGAUGCUGAGCUUGGCGGAGCGGUUGGAUUGGAAAAUCCAAAAGCAGGAUGAGGAAUUGGUGCAGCAAUUCUGCAGCGAGGCCGGCAUCAAGAGGCACGUGCUUAAGGUGUGGAUGCAUAACAACAAGCACACUCUUGGUAAGAAAACCUAGUCGGCCCAGCCCGGCCCGGGCUAAAACCGAGUUUAAGAGGAUGUUUUUUUAAAGCGAAUUCUCGGUAUAUUAUGUCUGGUAACAUCAUCAUGUGUUUAUCUUUGCUAUUUAUAGUAUGAUUUUGUAACUUAAUUUUAGGGUGCAUGCACUUCAAGACAAUGAGUUAGCUCAUAUUUUAGGGAAUUAUGUCUUUCUUUACUAAUCUAAAUGUCAACUAGGGUUUUCACUUGAUGCUUGUUGUACUA